AUGGAGGAUGAAAAUAAUGUUAAAUUCACUGCUCAAGAUUUAUAUGAUAAGAAAGCUGACAAGAACCAUACACAUAAAUCCUUCACUACUGUUAGAGCAGACGACAUAAUAUUGAACUUUGACCUUGGUUCAAGUGCACCAUUAGAAAAUCCAAGUACAAGCGUAAAAGAUACUCUUAACAAUUUAGAUAAGAGUUGCAGGAAUACCGAAGAUCAUGCCAGAAACUUUGAAGCAUAUGAACUACCAGCAAUGUUAGAUAAGAAAGCUGACAAAACAGAGCUUCAAACAUUAAAGACAGAAAUACUUCAAACAUUAUAUCCUAUAGGUUCUAUUUAUACGUCAAUGAACUCAACAAAUCCAGCAACAGUUCUGGGUUUCGGUACGUGGGAACAGAUUGUAGAUAAAUUCUUAUACUGUGCUAGAUAUUCAAAGCAAACAGGAGGUUCGAAGAAAAUUACUGAAGCAAACCUUCCACCGCACACUCAUACAGGAACGACAAACUUUUCUGGCGACCAUAGCCACUCAUUAAGAGACCACCCAUUAUACAACUCAGAGUAUGAAGCUGGCAAUGACGUUUUAUCUCCAUCUUAUAACAAUGCAGCAAAAAAGACUUUUCGACCAACUGAACCAGGAGGAAAUCAUUCACAUACUUUCACAACAAAUCCAACAGGCUCGGGUGCAGAUUAUAUGCCACCAUUUGUGACUGUAUUCGCAUGGUAUAGAGUUCAAUGA